UUUUUGGAGCUUCUGUGAUUCCCAUCGUUGGCAUGGGAGGGAUUGGCAAAACAACGCUUGCUCAGCUUGUCUACAAUGAUAGUCGUGUAGAUAAUCGUUUUGAUCUUAAAGCAUGGGUCUGUGUUUCUGAAGACUUUAAGAUGGAGGAGAUAACGAAAUCAAUUUUGCGAUCUGUUAGUUCUGAAUCUUCUAAUGCUGGAGAUUAUUUGAAUAAGCUUCAAACAGAAUUGAAGAAGAAGCUGGUGGAGAAAAAACUACCUCUGAUUUUGGAAGAUUUUUGGCAUCAAAACUAUGAUGAUUGGAGUCGUCUAAUAUCCCCUUUUGGCGUAGGAACUACGACUGUUGUGACAACACGUGAUAAAACUGUUUCAUCAAUGGUGGGUACUAUCCCAGAUUAUAAGCUGCCAACGUUGUCAGAUGAUGAUUGCAUUUCUAUAUUAACUCAGCAUGCAUUAGGAGCAAAAGAUUUUAGUGGGCAUCCAAACUUAGGAGAAUUUGUUGUACAGAUUGCGAAAAGGUGCAAGGGUUUGCCCUUGGCAGCUAAGACCAUUGGAGGCCUUUUGCGCAAUAAGGUGGACAUUGGUAAAUGGGAAGAGAUACUAAAAAGUGAGAUUUGGAAUUUACCAGAAGAGAGGAGUAACAUAUUUCCAGCUUUACGAUUAAGCUCUCAUCAUCUUCCUGCAGAUCUAAAGCGAUGUUUUGCUUACUGUGCCAUACUCCCCAAAGACUAUGAAUUUACCGAGGAAGAAAUAGUCUUGUUAUGGAUGGCAGAAGGCUUUCUGCGAGUGGAAGCUACAAAGCAAAAUGAAGAUUUGGGUCAUGAGUACUUUCAAGAACUUGUACAAAGGUCAUUUUUUGAAAUAUCCAACAAGGAUGAGUCUCGAUAUAUGAUGCAUGAUCUGAUUAAUGAUUUGGCUCAAUCAGUUGCCAAAGAUAUAUGCUUCAGAGUGGAGGAUGACAAGGCAUUGAACGUUUCCAGUCAUGCUCGCCAUUCAUCUUACAUUGGCGGUAGGAAAGACAGAAUUAAAAAGUUCCAAGUCUUUUACGGAAAGAAGGGUUUAAGAACCUUCCUACCGUUGAAGAUGCCCGAAGGGUGGAGGUAUAUCUCUAAUCAAGUUCUCAGUGAGUUGUUGCCAGAAUUUAAAUACUUAAGGGUGUUUUCUUUACAAGGGUGCUACCUGACGGAGUUUCCCAAUAUUAUUGGAGAUUUGGUGCAUCUACGUUAUCUAAAUUUUUCUUACACUCAAAUCAAAACUCUGCCGAAUUCAAUGUGCAAGCUUUACAAUUUAGAGACCCUGCUGUUGCGGGGGUGUUCUCGUCUUGAAGAGUUUCCUUCUGAAAUGAGAUUUUUAAUUAACCUAAGGCAUCUUGACAUUAGAGGUUCAGAUUCAAUAAAAAUGAUGCCAAUGGGAAUCGGUGAACUAACCAAUCUCCAAACAUUGACAAAUUUUGUUGUCAGUCAAGACAAUGGCCGUCAGAUAAGGGAGAUGGAGAAUUUGUCUAAUCUUAAGGGUGGACUUGUUAUUUCAGAAUUGCAGAAUGUUGUCAAAGCUCAAGAUGCAUGGGUGGCUGGGUUAUGUUAUAAGUCGAACCUUCGUGAUUUAGCUUUGGAGUGGAGUUAUAAUUUCACCGGCGAAGAAAUUCACAAGGACGUGUUGGAUUCACUCCAACCUCCAAAAAUGCUUGAAAGGCUUACCAUCGAAUGUUAUGGAGGUGAAACAUUCCCAAAUUGGUUCGGAGAUCCUUCAUUUGAAAAGCUAUCGAUUCUGGAUCUGUGUUACUGUCCAAAUUGCACAUUAUUACCAGCUGUUGGAAGAUUACCGUCGCUAAAAUCACUUCUUAUCCAGAGGAUGAGUAAGGUAAAAAAUGUGGGUGCUAAUUUUUUUGGAAAGGAUCUGUCGAUUAAUGCAUUUCCGUCACUAGAGAGAUUACGUUUUCAGGACCUGCCAGAAUCGGAGGAAUGGGAUCCCUGUGAAGUUGAUGAAAAUGUAAGGAGUUUCCAACACCUUCAUGAGCUCAUCAUUUCAAAUUGCCCCAAGUUGUUAGGAAGUUUACCUAAUCGUCUUCCUUCCUUGAAGAAGCUAAAGAUUAAUUUGUGUCAACAACUGAGAAGUCUACCUGGUUGUCUUCCUUCAUUGGAGGAACUUGUGAUUCAAGAAUGUGAGCAGUUGGUAGUUUCACUCUCAAGCCUUCCAAAGUUGUCUGACUUGGAAAUUAAUGGGUGCCAAGAGGUGGCGUCUACAAGUUGUGCAAAUUCUGGCUCAUUCAUUGAAAGAGUCUCUCUUUCAGACAUUUCAAAAUUCACUUCCCCAAUGGAGGGGAUGAUGUUAGGGUUGACAAAAGCUGAACGUCUUUAUAUACGUGGAUGUGAGGAGCUAAUUUCUUCAUGGCAGAACCAGGAAGGACCCUCAACACAUUUGAGGCCUAUUCGCUUUUUGGAAAUUCAUAAUUGCUCAAGACUUGUUUCCAUAGGGGCAGAGGACGAAAAGGAAGAGUAUAUGCAGUUAGGAAUCCCUUGCCAUAUUGAACAUUUGAGCAUACACUGUUGUGAAAGGCUAGAAAGGCUAGCAGAAAGCCUACACAGCUACAGAUCCCUUACGGUGCUACGAAUUGAAGGAUGCCCAAGAUUGAUUUCAAUUUCAAAUGGAAACUUGCCUCCAAACGUAAGACGUUUAACCAUUAAGGAGUGUGAGAAUUUGCAGUACUUGCUGGAUGGAGUAAAUAACAACAUCAACAGCACGCCUCUUCUAAAGCACUUGGUGAUUGAAAAUUGUAAGUCUCUGAUAUCUUUAUCCUCAAGGGCCGAGUUACCUAUUAGGCUUCAACAUGUUGACAUUUAUGGUUGUGAAAAGUUGACAUCCUUGUCAUCCAAUGGCAAGUUACCUGUGGGGCUUAAAUACCUCGAUAUAAGGAGAUGCAGAGCACUAGAGUCCAUAGCUCAAGAAAUUGAAGAGAACUGUUCCCUUGAAUCGAUAAUUAUCUGCAGUUGUGAUAAUUUGAGAUCUUUGCCUCGUGAAUCAAACAAGCUCAGAUAUCUUAGCCUUUCUCGGUGUGAAAAACUCCAUGCCUUACCUAACUGCAUCCACAACAUCGUCUCUAUGCGAGAAUUGUUCAUAUUUGAUUGUCCAAGUGUGACAUCAUUUCCGGAAGAGGGGUUCCCUGCCAAUCUCACUUCAGUUACAAUGUGGCAACCCAAUAUUUGCAAGUCAGUGAUCGAGUGCGGUUUGCACAAACUCACCUGCCUUAAACAUUUGUCCAUCAACGGUGCUUCUCUAGAUGUGGUGUCUUUCCCAUGUGAGGAAAUGCUUCUGCCCCGCACUCUCACCUCCCUCACCAUCUUCGGUUUUCCAAACCUGGAAACUCUAUCCUCCAAAGGCUUUCAAAAUCUCAAAUUUCUUGAAUCAUUGGAAAUCCGAAGCUGCCCCGGGAUAAAAUUCCUUCCGGAAAAGGAGAUGUUUGACUCACUUUUGCAACUAGAUAUUGUUGACUGUCCACUGCUAAGAGAACGAUGCAAGGAGGAUGAAGGACAAGAGUGGCCCCAAAUAGCCCACAUUCCUUGCAUUCUAAUUGCUAAUUUGUUACCGGAAGGAACGCCCAGAAAUCAGAAUCAUUCAAGAAUAGUUUCAGAGGCUAGUGAGUGGUGCCUUCAUAGGAGCACACAAAGUGGUUUGCAAAAGCAGAUGGAAAGACCUGAAAAAGAAGAAUGCUGUUUACUUAGCUGAAGCAUGCAUUGCCUUCAUUGCUGUCAAAUUGACCAUAUGGUAGCCUGAAUGAGUCAGUCCCAAAAUCUCUGCCUCAAACCCAUUGAGAACUCAAUUUCUUUUAAAUGAUGAGAUAUUAAAGAUUUAUUGCCAGACUUGGGAGUGAGGACAGUGUCAGUGGCGCCAAAAUUCCCUCAAGGGAAACAUUGUUUCCUAUGAAAGUGGACGAAAUAACUUCAAUUCAAUUCAUUGGUGGUUUCGAAGUUCUUAGGGCAGCAGCUCCUUACCUACAGCAGAAAUCUUUGUCCGUGUCAGUGGUGCAAGCAUAAAUGAUAAGAUAGGGUAAGAACUGCAUCAAGCAGGUAAAAUUGGCUGAGCGAGGGCCUUCUAUAAAUGCAAAAUUGAUAUUCGAAAUGUAACAGUGUUAAAAUUCGUUGUAAUAUUAUUCUGUUGUGCAAUAAUGUUUAGAAGUUCAUUCCACUCUAGCACAAUUCUUCAUAUUGAUGCCAUAACAUAUCCGAUCCAUAAAACAUUGAUCAAAAGUCUUUGUUUUAUCCGAUGAUAGUUUCUUUCAGCUUGUUGGAGCCACAAAUGAAAAUCUUUGCCUGGAUUGAGCUUUUGACGAACAUGAGGUUUUAUGAUAAACAAUGUAAAGCGACAGAGCUUCAUGUGGUUUUCUUUUAUGCUUGCUUUGAGAACCGUUUGCCUUUAUGUAUGAAUUUUUAACUAUUUAUAGUAGGCACUAAACAUUUUUAUAUGCUUCUUAGAUCCUUAUAAGCAUUCUGGGUCGGCAUGAAGAAACAUCUACGUUGAUCGAGACAAUGUGUUCGAGCUGCUAAGCACAAGUAUUGGUUUGAGGAGCUCAUUUCAAUCAUCAAAUCAGGGGGAUGUCCUAUGUCUUGACAUAAAAGAACACAAACUCAAGCAUCCAUUUAUUCUGCAGAAGCUUAUAAAUAACUAUGCUCAAUUUAUUCCGCAGAAUUCAGAUCAACUUCUUCAUGUGAAUCGAGCCUGAGAAAAAGGCCUGUGUUUCUUUAAGGAGUCUAAACUGAAUCAGCAUGCUACUCCAAAUAUUGUCUCAUA